AUAAAGAAUUAUUUGAUUGCUGCUGGCAUGAAAACGGUGGGCAUUGCAGCUGCAGGAGGAGUCGGCAAGGCUACAGCUGAAUUGAUUGUUAAUGGGGAAACAGAAUUUGACAUGUACGAAUUGGAAGUAUCUAGAUUCUUAGGAUUACACAACAAUCGCAAAUUUCUAAGAGAUCGUGUCAUGGAAGUACCAGGGUUACACUAUGGAUUAAUCUAUCCUUUUCAUGAAUUUCAAACUGGAAGAAAUCUGAGAAUGUCUCCUGUUUAUCCAAAGUUACGGGAAGCUGGUGCUGUUUUUGGACAAGUGAUGGGUUAUGAAAGGCCAACCUGGUUUGAUAAGAGUGAUGUAGAAGGACCAGAAGACCAUGAUGGUAGAGAGUGGUCAAAACCUUAUAGGAUGGCAUAUACAAAUACUUUUGGUAAACCACCAUGGUUCGACUUUGUUGCAAAAGAAUAUGAGGCUUGCAGAGAAAGAAUAGGAAUUAGUGAUUAUUCAUCAUUCACGAAAGUGGAUAUGUGG